CAGCGCAAGCCCAGCUGGCUUGCUUAUCACUUGUGGAAAUGGUAACAAGACGAGCCAAGCUUCUCUCUGGAAAUGGAGUUCCUCCCAGCUAGCUAGCCGGCCGGCUGCGGUCUGCGUGUUUCCUCAGCUUAAGAUUCACUGGAUCUCAGGAUGGCAACGUCGAACCUGGAGAACCAGCUGCACAGUGCCCAGAAGAAUCUGCUUUUUCUCCAGCGGCAGCAUGCCGACACGCUCAAGGGUCUGCAUGCCGAGAUCCGACGGCUCCAACAACACUGCACAGAUCUGACAUAUGAGUUGACUCUCAAAAGUUCGGACUCAACAGAAAGUGGGACUUCAAGAAGCGAAGAACUCAAAAGAAAAUGUGAAGAACUCGAGGCCCAGCUGAAAGUGAAAGAGGCUGAAAACAACGAGUUACUAAAGGAAUUGGAGCAAAAGAAUGCAAUGAUCAUGGUGCUUGAGAACACCAUCAAGGAAAGGGAGAAGAAGUAUUUGGAAGAGCUAAAGAUGAAAAGCCAUAAGUUAAACAUGCUGUCAAGCGAAUUGGAGCAGCGGGCCAGCACGAUUGCGUACCUCACCUCGCAGCUGCACGCGACAAAGAAAAAGCUCAUGAGUUCAAGCGGGACUUCGGACAGCUCUCCCUCUGGAAGCCCCGUGAUGUCCAACUACAAACCAGCCCCUCCCAAAGAUAAGCUCCCAGAAACUCCGCGGCGUAGGAUGAAGAAGAGUCUGUCCACCCCACUCAAUCCCGAAUUUGAAGAGGCCUACAGAUUAGGAUCGGAUAGCCGCAAGCUGCUGUUACGGGAGCCCGUCGACGCUAUGCCUGAUCCCACUCCCUUUUUACUGGCCAGGGAAACUGCCGAGAUCCACCUUAUCAAAGAGAGGCCUUUAGUCAUUCCGCCUAUUCCUUCGGAACGCACUUCUGCAGAGCCGCACAGCCCAGCGCGGGAGAAGCAACACAAGGCCCACGUUGGCGUGGCCCAUCGAAUCCACCACGUCACUCCGCCCCAGGCUCAGCCAGAGGUGGAGACGCUAGCCGUGGAUCAGGUGAAUGGGAGCAAAGUGGUCCGAAAGCAUUCAGGGACGGAUAGAACUGUUUAAGCAGAACUGUUUGGAGGUGGCUCUCUUAUGCACUGUGAUCACAAAUAGGGUUAACCGCAUCUGCAGUAAAUUUUUGUUUCUCCCUCUCGAAUUCCCCCAUGCAUGCCAAAUUCUUUCCAUCACUAGAAUAACUUCCUUCAAUGGAACCCCAAUAUGACUGUGUUCAUAUUGCAGAGUAUCUACUUAAUGAAACGCUGUGGCCAAACUCAGGUGUCUGCCUGACCGCUUGCUUCCGAUGCUCCUUCAUUUAUUCUAAGCAUAAUUGUGGGCAAACGCCCAGGCAACAGUCUGCAUUAUUAAUCUAUAGUAAUGACGGAAUCAGAUAGCCUCCUAAUGAUAGCCUUGCAGCACUGUGUAUUGGCUGUUCAUGGUUCAAGCCUUCCCUGUAUGUAUCACUUCACACAGUCAUGACAAAUUCUUAUUUUUGUGGGGUGGGACAAUCCUGACCACUGUGCAGAUGCCUGCGUGUGAAGAGAGACCGGCUGAGUACCCCACCUCCAUCACGUGCUCUUGAUCACAGUGUUCAUAUUUUCUGUUACGUUUUUAUCUAGAACUACUAAAAUCCCAACAAACUCUA